UACGCUUGGAAGCCUGUGCACGUUCCUUCGUUUUUCUUGCUCUGUCAGUUUUGGGCACCUCGUUUUCUUUGACAAAAUAGAAAACUUUAAUUAGGCUGUUGUGCAGUUACGCUUAUGGAGAAUGAGAAAGCGGAAUUGCGUGUUUGCAAUGCUGAAGAUGAGCUUCAAGAAGAGGAGAAGAUUGAGAAGUUUUUUUCGCUGAUUAGAAGUUUUCAAGAAGCUCGUAAUCGUAGAAGAGAACAGUUGAAUGAAUCAGAAGAAAAGGCGAAGAAGAAUAAGAUUCGGAGGGUGGAUAAUGGGCAUGAAGAACAAUCGAGCUGGGUUCCGUCGUUUGAAUGGCAGGAUUUCACAGAAGAGAUCGAGUUCAGAAGGCCUCCCAUAGUUUUGCCCAGCCCCUGUAAUAAGAAAGAAGAAAAGAAACGAGUUAAAGAUGACGGUUUAGACCUUAAACUCACCCUUUAAUGUAUUGCCUGUUCUGAAUAUAUAUGAUAUAUAUAUUACUGAAUAAUUUAAUUUUUUUUUUUCUUUUUUGGUUUGUUUCUCAUGCGAUGAUGAUGAUUUUACUUGUUUAUGUGGGUUGAUUGAUUGAGAUGUUCUGAAAAUACAUUACUAUCAUAUGAAGUGAACAUUGAUUUUCGUC